UAUCAUGAGAUGGUUAAUUACAGUACAGUCAUGGCAGUAGCCUAGUCAUAGAAGGAGGCCUAAUUUUGACGAGUUGCAACUGUCGCCAAAACAAGUCUCAUUUUUGCGAGGGUAAACUUCUUCCUUUCACCAAUCUUAUUUUCGUCCAUCAUCCCCUGAUCAUGGCACAACAAAGUGGCAGAAAAUGUGGGAGGGCGACUAAAUCCAGUCAUGCCAGUGUGAUGUUGGGAAUCAGAAUUGCGCUCGGAGGAUGUCGAGGACGAGAAGCCAUCCGGAAUUUUGCAAAGGUUGGUUCAUAUCGCCAGCAGCAUCGGCAGGCCCAAUACCUGUCGGCACGUAGUACCAGCGCGUUCACCAAGUGUGUUCAGGAAGUUGUUGAGAACAAGACUCCAAGUCCAGUAUGCUCCUACAAUGAGUGGGACCCACUGGAGGAAGUCAUUGUAGGAAGGGUAGAGGGUGCAACCGUUCCGCAAUUCAGCGUGGAGGUCAAGGCAAACACCUACAACAAGUAUUGGGAAUUCUUUCAGCGAUUUGGAGGCAAGCCUUUUCCCCAAGAGCAUCUUGUUAAGGCCCAUGCAGAAAUUGAAGAGUUCUGUAAUAUUCUGCGGCAUGAGGGUGUCACCGUACGACGCCCCGAGCCCCUGGACUUUCAAAAGGUGUAUGUCACUCCCGACUUUAGCGCUACAGGCAUGUACGCCGCUAUGCCUCGAGACAUUCUGAUGGUGAUAGGGGAUGAAAUUAUUGAGAGUCCCAUGGCAUGGCGUUCUCGCUUCUUUGAAUACCGGGCUUACAGACCUCUGAUGAAAGAGUACUUCAGGGCAGGAGCGAAGUGGACGACGGCGCCUAAACCACAAAUGAGCGAUGAACUCUACGAUUUGACAUAUCCAGUGAAAUCUGCAGAAGAAAGACAUCUCUUGGCUUGCCAAGAAAAAUUUGUGACCACUGAGUUUGAGCCUUGCUUUGAUGCUGCUGAUUUCAUCCGUGCCGGGCGAGAUAUAUUUUGCCAACGGAGCCAGGUCACCAACCUAAUGGGAAUUGAGUGGCUGCAACGCCAUCUCGGUGACAAAUACACCGUCCACCGUUUGUCCUUCGCCGAUCCCAAUCCCAUGCACAUCGACGCCACCUUCAAUAUCAUCGGUCCUGGCCUGGUUCUUGUCAAUCCAGAGAGGCCCUGUCAUCAGUACUCCAUGUUCCAGAAGGCUGGAUGGGACUUGUUGCCAGCACCAACACCUUGCAUGCCUGAUGAUCAUCCCCUCUGGAUGUCCUCCAAGUGGCUGUCUAUGAAUGUCCUCAUGCUCGACCCUAAAAGGGUCGUCGUUGACAAAAAUGAGAUUUCAACCCAGAAGUUUUUUGAGAGCCUGGGGAUUGAAUGCAUCACCAUCUCACUGCGCUUUGCCAAUUCCCUCGGCGGAGGUUUCCACUGUUGGACCACAGACGUACGUCGCCAAGGAACAUUGGAAUCUUAUUUUUAAACACUCUCAGCUGUCAAAUUUCCAUCAUGUAUUUUUUUUUUUCAAAUGAAUUUUUUCCCCUUGCAGUCAAAAAUAUUUGAAUCAAUUGAUUGCUAACUCACAUCGCGGUGUAUAUGGGUAAAACUAAAAUUAAUAUAUUAUUUAUAAUUUAACAUCUCAUUAAUUGAUUAUACAAAUGUAUUACGCAGGUAUGGGUAUAACCUUUUUCAAAACUAGGUUUUUAAAUAAAAUGUAAUGACUAAUUAACUUUUUAAAAUUGGUGAAAAACUUUUUCUUGGUCCCUCAGUUUUUUACUCUGUCCUUAUUCAUAUUUUGUUAAAAAUAAUAUUAACAAAAACUUGUGGUCAUAAUUUUAUAACAAGGCUAAUCUUACAUGGAAUUUGUUGAGUGGAUUAUUUAUUUAUUUUAAAUCCAAAUUUCUUUGGGUGCCAGAAUGCAGAACUGCAUAUUUAAAGAAAUAUGACGUUUAAGUGAACCAACGCAACUGGGUUAAGUUUUAUGAAUUAGGCUGCUUGUCAAAAUUCAAGACGAAUUUGAACAUUGCAAAACAAAAAGUAUAUUUUAUAAAUAUUAUUCAUUACUAAUAAAGAUAUUCUAUACAGUCCAA